UAAAAAAUUUAUCAAAAUUCUUUAUUUAAAAAGAAAAAAAACAAUUUAUAUAAUUAUUUCAUCGAAAUUCGGAGGUUUUGUUGUUCUGUCUCGAUCAGCGACAGAAACAUGCUCCGGAAACAAUUCGAUUCGGAUUGAAGAUAAAAGAUCAUCUUGUCUUUCCUGAGAUGCCAAAAAGAAGAGAAUUGCAUAUGGAUCUUAGAAUCUGUUCGUAAAUUAUUUGUUCCUUUGCUGUUUAUGAAAGCAAUUCUUUUGGUUUCUUAAGGGUAAAAUGUGUUCUGUGACGUUUGUUUCAGAGGGAAGAUGUCUAUGGUGCAACAUAUGACGGAUUAACUAUUGCCUUUGAAUAAUGCAAAUGAUUUCAUAUGAACAAGAUCCUGACAUUGUUCGGUGGGGUCUUCAGCUGUUUAACAGUGAUCCAUAUUCUAGUUGUGGGUAUUAUGACACCACUAUUCCAGAUGAUGUGGAUUAUUAUCAUGGACAGUAUUUUGAGGAAGAUAAUUAUGAUACAGAAUGUAGCAACGUAGAAAAUGAUGAGCUUAUCGCUCAAGCUCUUCAAGAAGAGCUAUCACAACUUGCUGUUGCAGAAGCACCAGGAUCUUCAGAUGAAGAAUUGGAGCAUUUGCAAGCAUCUGCUUUCUCACAAGGGCAGGAGUGUGGCCAAGAAGAGGCUGAUGAUACAGGACCUUCUACUUCAUGUUCUAGCCCUGACAAAAAGUCCUACUGUGGGGAUGAGUGUUCAUAUUCAUUAGAGUUGACAGAUGAGUAUGCUCUUGAUGGAGAAGUGGGAAAAAGGUUGAAUCAGAUGGUUCCUGUUCCUCAUGUACCAAGAAUCAAUGGGGAAAUACCCUCAGUUGAUGAAGCAACGUUAGAUCAUCAAAGGCUACUGGACAGAUUGCAGUUAUAUGAUUUGUUUGAGCAUAAAGUUCAAGGAGAUGGUAACUGUCAGUUUCGCGCUAUAUCAGAUCAAUUUUAUCGAACUCCUGAGCACCACAACUUUGUGAGAGAGCAAGUUAUAAAUCAGCUAAAGUCUUACCCGGAGAUAUAUGAGGGAUAUGUUCCCAUGGCUUAUGGUGACUAUUUGGAGAAGAUGUCCAAGAGUGGUGAAUGGGGUGAUCAUGUCACUUUGCAGGCUGCUGCAGAUUUGUAUGGUGUCAAAAUAUUUGUGAUAACAUCUUUCAAGGACACUUGCUACAUUGAGAUUCUUCCUCAUCUUGAGAGGUCAAAGCGAGUAAUUUAUUUGAGCUUUUGGGCAGAGGUGCACUACAACUCAAUAUACCCCGAAGGAGAUGUGCCACCAUCUGUGAUUAAGAAGAAGAAAAGAAGGGGGAUGUUUACAAAUAAGCAUUUGGAGUCACUGGAUCAAGACUGAAUGAGUGGAUUCUAAGACAGGCACCAAAGGCCCAACUACUGCUAUGCUUAGGCCUCAUUUGUACAUCUCCUUUUCAUGUGAUUGUAGACCGCGUUCUCUUGAAAGAUUAUUGUCUGAUGUAAAACUCUUCUCUUCCUUUCAGCUUGUUACCCUGGGCAAUUGCGCUAGAUUCUUUCUUUUGCUAUCUGUUUUUUGUCGACCUGUUCCAACUUGUGCACAAGUUUUCAUAACUUGCAUGUGCCAUAUUUUGAGGUCACAUGUAUGGUUGGUUUGGGUCUUGGUAAUUGCAGUAAAAAGCAUAUUGCUGGCA